AUGAGUGAUAACUAUCACUUGUCAUCAAAUGAAAAUCAACAUCCACAUACACAUCCACAAGAGUUUCAUCCUGUACUUGCCCAGCCUUCAACAGAGUCUCCCUCCACUAUUGCAUCGCCAAUUUCACCAAUGACCACCAUAGUGCAUUACAAUCAGAACUGGCCAUCGAUAGGGCAGGCAAUUGAUCAGCGGCAUUAUUAUUAUGACAUGAAUCAACAUCCUCAACAGCGAUAUCAAUUGCAAGAUCAAUAUUGGUCAAAUGCCUACCAGCCAGAUCCAAGCUACUUUCGUUUUAAUCAUCCUCAAUCACAACAACAGCAUUUUCAGCAAUAUUAUACUGAAUCAGCUUACGCUCCCCCUCCUCCUCCUCCUCCUCCACACCAUCAUCAUCAUUAUCAAUAUCAAUCAGCUAGUUCGGUGCCUACAUUCUAUACCACGCAGCACCCCAUGGGCAAUUCAUUCAACGCACCAAUGUCAAACAUAGAGAGUACAUUUAGCGGCCCUUCCUCUCCUUUAGCCGCCCCAUCAAUUGAUCGAACGCAACCAAUUCAGCACAUUAUGAAAGAAAAAAGCAGACAACCCCAAAAGCAUACUGAAAGAUCAACAACAAGCCCAUCUCCUUCUGAAGCACCUAUACCCUCACCUAUCAUUUCUGGUAAGAGAAAGAGAAGAGGAUCAACUGCAACCACAAGUCAAUGUCAAAGGAAAAAACGAAGUCAAACCGAUACCAAAGACACAUCAAAAGAAGAAGGGGUUUCACACGAUGAAGAUGAUGGUGGAAGUGGAGCUAUAAUAACAACAACAACAACAACAACAACAACAAGGAGAGUAGAUGCUACAAAGGACCCGCACUCCAAUCAAACUGUCGAUCAGCUUGAGAAUGAGCUCGCUUUUCUCAGGGAUGAAUGUGCUACCAUACUGAUCAUGUUGGAUUCUUUGAGAAACGCAUUCUUGGCAGAUGUACCAUCUAGAGCAACAUCAACGCCAGCAGCUAAGUCCAACUCUUCAUCAGCAACAAUCAAUUUUAUGGUCCAAAAUUUUGGAGCAUUAUCAUCGAGUAGUACAUCGCCAAUGCAAUAUCAUGUUGAUACUUCCUCGGUUGCUAACAAUAAUGGAGAUAAAAGGCGCCGUUCAAAAGCAAUGGCUCACAAUGCCGAGAUGGAGCGUGAAAUGAGGUUCGCCUACGACGAUUUGAUGCUUCAGGUACGGCAAUUGGAGAAAAAAGUGGAGCGACUGGAAGGAAAAAGCAAGCAUGUGUAUCUCGAGGAUUCCUCUAUUAAUAACAACAAAAAGAAGCAUGAAGAUCAAAUGGCAAACCUUAAAGACGAUAUACAUGAACUACAGCAGGAGAACACUGACAACGAUUACGGAGUGGAUAAGAUGAAGGGCGAUGAUGAUACUGAUGGUUCAGGAGAGGAAAACUCGAGUAACCCCAAAGGCAAAUAG